UCCUCCGAGGCCACCGGCUCCCACAGAAGGCGCCAGCGACCUCGGAGGAGUGGGUGGUGGCCGCUGGGGAGGCCCCCACCCCCAGAAUCAAGAUCCCACAGCCUUGGAGGGGAGGGUGGUGGCUGGCGACGAACCCUCCGACCCCCGAUUUUCUCCAAAAAAAAAUUUUCUUUUUAUUUUACAGUUGGGAUCUCGUAGAUCUUCAAAGGGCUGGAGAAGUUGUCGCUGGCGACCACGGAUACCCUCGAGGAAGAGAACAAACGCCUGAGCGCAGCUGACGAUGAUGAUCAAUUGAGGUUGGAGAGGCUGUUGUAAAGUGGAGACCCGCGAUUUCACUUCAUGCAAUUUCCAAUCAAUCCGAUCAUUCAGUGGGAAAUCCUGUAAAUGUCCUUCAUCGAUGAAUUCCAAGCUGACCUUGAUGCCCUGCCCUAUGCCCUGCAGAAGAAGUAUGGACUAUUACGCGAUCUUGAUAAAAGUUUAGAAGAUCUCAAACGACAGAAUGAGCAACGCUGCGAGCAAGAAAUCGAGGAUAUUAAGCGAGGAAUAAAAUCUGGAAGCACAUUAGAUAUUUCACUUCUUAGGUUCUCAGAUGAGGCCCUUGAUGAACAAAAGCAUAGCCUUAGGAUAGCAGAUGAGAAAGUUGCCCUAGCUGCCCAGGCAUAUGAGAUGGUAGAUCAACAUAUACAGCAGCUUGAUCAGUAUCUUAAAAAGUUCAGCGAAGAGUUGCGACGUGAAACAGAUUUUGCUUCAGGUGGGGUGCCUGCCUCGAAUCAUGACGUAAGGUCUGGAAAGGGUGCUGAAAGCGGUAGAGGAGGGCGUAAGAAGACACGUUUGGCGACUGCAGCAGCAGCUGUGGCAGCAGCAACAGAAGUAGCUAGUACAGCAGCAGCAGCAAAUUCUGCUGGCGUGGAUUUGGACUUACCGGUUGACCCUAAUGAGCCCACCUACUGCUUUUGCAACCAAGUUAGCUUCGGGGAAAUGGUUGCCUGCGACAACCCUAACUGUAAGAUAGAGUGGUUCCAUUUUGGGUGCGUGGGUCUGAAAGAACGGCCAAAAGGUAAGUGGUACUGCUCAGACUGUGCUGCUACAAGGAAUCGCCGGAAAGGACGAUGAGUGGGACUUCGUUCUGUUCCCUCCCACAAAAGUAUUAAGAAGAGAAACUCUCCAUAUUUAGUAAAAGGUUUGCAGUGCCUGCUGCCUGUGUAUGUAAACUGUUUUGUAGCUUAGAGUAGUGCUUUGAUACUGUGUUUGUUGCAUUUAGCAUUUAGGAUCAAUAAACGAUUGGAUUCGAGGACUUGUCACCUUACUGAUUGUCCUCCUGUUGAUUUAAUUAUUCAAUCGGUUGUUGCGAAAA